UUAGCCCAAGGUAUGUGUGUGCACCACGUGCGUGCUUGGUGCCCACCAUGGUUACAAGGUGGUGCUGGAUCCCCUGGAACUGGAAUUAUAAAUGGUUGAGAGGCUUCGUGUAGGCUCUGAGAACUGAACCCUGGUCCUCUAAAUGGGUAACGGGUGCUCUUAACCUCCAAGUCACUCCUUAUUAAGAAACUCCCAGGAGCCAGGCAUGGUGGUGCACAGCUUUAAUCCCAGCACUCAGGUGGCAGAGGCAGGUGGAUCCUAGAAGUUUGAGACCAAGCUAAAUAGUAAGAUCUUGUCUCAAGAAGAAAACAAAACUCUCGUGGGAGAGAUCUCCCAGAGCCUAUCCUUAGAGAAUGUCCCCAAAACUCAUAACCUCCAUGAAAAAUUAUUCCUAAUGUCGGACCAGAAAUCUAAUCGUUCCAUUUGAAACCAAACCAGCCAGGAUCUUUGACUCCACAGAUAUCAAACUGUGGAGAAUUUCUCAGUACUCAGCACCAAGGCUUACACACAGGAAGAUGUGUGGUCAUCUUUUUUAACUAAUUGGGGAAAUGCCUCAUACAUGGGAAGUGCCCAGGGCAGACAGACAAGGACCAAAUCAUCUGGAAAGGUCCACAGGCCAUGCACAAGCUCGAACAGGCAAGAACAGUUACCAGGGCUCUCUUUAGAGGGAAUUUAGCUACAGAGGGCCAUUCUCGCCCUCCCAACCACAGCUAUUUAGCGUGGGAUGAAAACCGACAUCCUACACAAGAUCCUACACUGACCUCCCUCCCUAACUGCCUGAUAUGUGCCAGGAAAGACCCUGUUAAGAAUUCAAGGUGGGAGAGGCAUGCUUCAUGCCCCUGGGGAGCCAAUAACUCGAUAAGAGGGUGGGAUGUUUCCACAAAUUCGUUUUUCUAAUUAUAACGACGUUAGCUAUCUGCAACUCAAAGGGGACAUUUUCUGUCUGCCGGAGAAGUCUCACAAGAGCCGGCUCUGAGGAACCUAGUUUUGCCAGAUAGCAGGAGAACGCGUAUGACUUGGAAGGAAACAGCGGGAACAAAAAAGGUUGGGGUAUAGACCACGUCAGGGUGGGUGGAGGGUUCCUAGUUUUCAGCAGCGAAUACCAAAAGGCAGAAGUGUCGCCGAACUUUCUGCCCUCCUCUCUCACUGCCCACAACAGGGCUGACUUCCGUCCACGCGGCCUGCUGCCCCCACUCCAUCAGCACAGCUCGUGUCUCUGUUAAAGGGCAGCGCUUGCCAGGCUCGCGGAUCAGGGGCUGUGCGGGCUGCUUCCCACACAGGAGCUAGAGAACUUCCUGUCUUGUUCUUGGUGACCACCAUCUGUGAACUUGAAGUUGGUCUUCAAAUCCUACCCUGUUGCCCUUGAAGUCACCGGAGCCCUAAGACCUUCCUUGGUGAUUUUGUUUGAUACGAUUCCAGGCGCGCUGGGGUAGCACUGGUUGCGGUGCCCCAGGCCACACGUCUUUCUCUUUGGAUUCCACCUAUGAAGUCAAGCGUCAUCAUUCCUGAGGGGAUGUCGUGGGGAAUAGGAGCAGCAUCCCUCAACUCAGCCUUCUGGAAGACUCUAAGUCUGACUGACCAACCCUCAAAGACUAGAGAAAAAGGAUGGAUGUAAAAAGGAUUCAGCCAUUCCCAGUGCUCUUCCUACCCCAGAACCUCAUGAAGCCCCUGGUUUUCCUGAGUCUGUUGACCCUGAUGCUGCAGGAAGCAGGGACAGCUUCUCUCCCAGGGGAGAGGGCAAGAGAAGAGCAGAGCCCCGAGGAGAAUGACACAUUUGCAUCUCUGCUUGUGGGGAACUAUGCCCUGAGCCCAGAGGACUACAGCGAAGUCAUCGACCUGAGCAGCUAUGAGGAGCCUGCAGACUAUGGGGACCAAAUCUCUGAGGCUGAAGUAAACAGCACGGCCCUUCCAACAAGAACUAGUCUCACCCAGAGCACUGUGGUUCCAAGGGCAUCGUCAGCACACCUCACAAUGACCAGGCCUACCACCGCUGGCCUACUGAACUCCCAGAGCAGUCAUGGCCUGCCUACCUGCCUAGUCUGCGUGUGCCUUGGCUCUUCUGUGUACUGUGAUGACGCAGACCUCGAGGAUCUUCCUCAUCUUCCCCAGAUGACCACCUACCUGUAUGCGCGCUUCAACCACAUCAGCCACAUCCGGGCUGAAGACUUCAAAGGGCUGACAAAACUGAAAAGGAUUGACCUUUCUAGCAACUCCAUCUCCUCCAUCCACAAUGAUGCCCUCCGCAUGCUGCCUGCCCUGCAGGAUCUGAUUCUCUCAGAGAACCAGCUGGCAGCCUUGCCUGCGCUGCCCAGUGCCAUCGAGUUCCUGGAUGUCAGCCUGAAUCAACUGCAGAGCUCCGGGAUACAGCUUGGGGCCUUCUUGGCGCUGGAGAAGCUUCAGUUUCUCUACCUGGCAGACAACUCACUGGAUUCCAUUCCUGGACCUUUGCCCCUGAGCCUGCGCUCCCUGCACCUGCAGAAUAACAUGAUUGAGACCAUGGAAAGAGACGCCUUCUGUGACUCCAGGGAACACAGGCAUGAGCGCCGGCAGCUAGAAGACAUUCGCCUGGAUGGAAACCCCAUCAAUCUGAGCCUUUUCCCAGAGGCCUAUUUUUGCCUACCAAGGCUCCCUGUGGGCCGCUUCACCUAGCUGAGCUCUCUUCCCAGAGAACAGCAGCAUCCGCAGCAGAGAGCUUCUCCAAGCGCUCCAUCCUCGUCUUCCCACACAGAAUUCCAGGAGAGCCAUGAAAGAAAGAGAAGGAAGAGGAGGCAGCAGAGGGACCGAAGCAAGGAUCAAGGGGGAGGGUGGGAGAGGAGGAACAUCAGUGUGCUGGAGUCUUGUCUUUCUGACUGCUAGGCUGACAAGACUGAUAAUUACAUUUUCCAGAAUUUUGCAGCUCAGUUAUUAAACACAGCCAUU